GUGAUGGCAGCACCAGCACCAAAUUUAAUAGACGAAGGGGGCGUGGCAUUUUUUUGCACAAAAACAAGAAGAAUUGAAGAAAAGAGUUUUGCAGAUUUAUUUUACAAUAAUGGCAAGCCCAGCCAGAUCGGUUCUGAGAUUGAACCAACCAGCUUUCAAGGUCGCCUUACGAGGACUUUCGACCCCGACCAAGAGUUCUGGUUCCUCGAACGUGAACGCUAACGUACCAGGGCUGAGCGCAAAAUGCGUCAAUGUACCUAGCACCGCUGUUGGUCCUGGCGCAAAGAAGGAUGGCGACUACAAGAACCCUGAAUAUUACUGCUACAAUGACACCUCGUACUUUGAGGCGGAAGUUGAAAUGGCCAAGUACAGGCUGCCACAACCCUCCAGUAAGAAAAAUAAGAAGUGAAUAUGCUCUUAGUUGUCCAAUUUAAUUCUGUACAGAUGAUGCUCUAGUUAUUUCGUAAUAAUAAGAAUUAACUUA